AUGAAAGAAAUACUUGCGGAAAUAUUAUAUGAAAUAUGUAAUUAUUUAACACCUUUAGAUCUUUAUUCACUUUCUUCAGUGUGUAAACAAUAUAGAAAAUCCUUAUGGUCAAGCGCACCUAAAAUUCAAAAAAUAUGGGAGAGAUCAAGAAUAGUAAUGUUAGAGUAUCCAAACUUUCCACCACCAAAUGGAAUGUCAGAACAAGAAUAUGUUUGGUUCACGCUUAUUGCUGAUAAAUGUUCAAUUUGUUCCGUUAAGUUGAACCCAACAUUUAUUUAUAGAUAUUGGCAAUUUAAAAUACAUUGUUGUUGUCUUUUAGAAUCGACCAUUAGGUAA